GUCGGUUACUCCUUCGCAAAUGCUUGAUGCGAGAUGUGAAGCUUACAGACUGACUAGGCUCCGAUUAUGUUCAAUCUCCAACUAGUAGUUUAAUAUGAAGAUGUCCUCGAGGCGCUCGUGUCAACAUACUAAGAUAUUGGCACUGCUCUUCCCAGCUUUGAUUCGAACUUCGCUGGCAACGGCACUUCUUUUGAUGUGAUUAAAGAGCACAAAUAUGCGCUUGGUGUCAUUUACUCCGGAAUCCUAGAAAUUCAUCGGAUCACAUGGAAGAUAUUUCUGCGAGUACAUUGGCGUGCAUUGUUUUACACCUUAUGGAAGGAUUCUAUGCCCAAAAUCCAAUCGACCGUCACUACAACAGCAGGGCGACCUCAUCGACAGGAGGAGAAUGGCAACAAGCUCCAGCUUCCAGCUUAGAAGCAAGAAUGACCGGGAUCUUGAGGAACGUUGAAGUCAUCAGCAUAGUGUGCAGCAAAUCACCGUGACGAGCUCUUCGCAGGCUCGCCCAUUGCCCGCCUUGUGUUGGGAGACAGAGUGUUGGGUGUAUCAAGCUUGAUUGUUAAAGGUACGUUGAAGCUGUGACUAUAUACAGAGAAAGGCCCUCGAGUGGCUCCUUCCCUAACACCUUGGAAGUCCUAGAGCCAGACUUGGGUAUUCAAGCUCGAACUUGGCGUAAAAAAUGUAUGGCUUGCUAUGUCACAUUCUUGCUCUGGACAGCCGUUGCUGUUGGCAGCUUGGUGAUUGGUCUUUGGCGCUCCUUUGCCACUGGGGAUGAAGGGAAGGGCUUUCACGGAUGCCGCCUAUAUAUGUAGUAGCUGUUGGAGGGGUUGUUGUCUUUCCUAUUCAAAGUCGACAUGGUCAACGAUGCAGGACGUCACGCUCAGUCGGGGAUUAGACACGCAUGACUUAUCUCGAAAUAGAUAUCGCCGGGUCCUCAACAUGGGUGCAAAGAAACGGCAUCCUCGUAUCUAAUAAUUGGGGCUGAAGCUUUUCUUACAUUUGACAACUGGAUUGCCCUUCCACACUCUUAUUCCUGGUCACCAUGUAUACUAUACCGGAAAGUAUUUGAAUCUGUAAGAGUUGUCUUCCAAUAUCACCUCAGGAAGCCCGGUACGCUUUCAGCCCUUGAAGUGCAGCACGGGUCAGUCGUUCCAUGCGAGUGGUUCCGCCCCUGCGAGGGCUCCACAAUCCGGCAUCGCAAAUCCGGGGAAACAUUCCAACAAUCAUGGCCAUGUCAACUUCGAGGCCAAAACUCGAAAGAACUUAGAAUGUCCAACACUUCAACGGCCAAAGAAUAUCCAAUGCACCAGCUUUGGCAAAAGAUGUGCCGAUGCUAAAAGAUUUCUUCCAGAACAAUAAUACGAUGUGCUUUUUGCGUUCCUUCAAUUGCUCUAAGAGCUGGAAGCUUCCCAAUUAUGGGCUCCGCUUUCCAAAAAUCCAUUCAACAUGGUCUCAAGUAUCACUAGGUAUACUUACUUCACUAAUCUCAAGACUAAGUCAAUGCGAAUCUGUACAACUCCAUAUACCGACUCCACGUCCAGUUGGGAUUUAUGUGCCGCUCACUUCCACACCUCCGUCCUACCACAGCAGUUUGUCAUCCACCGUAACCUGCCAGGAAAACAUGUUGCAUGUCGCAUAUUUGCAUCAUAGCCAAUGGCAUUCGCAGCCAGCAAUACAGGUGUGCAGCCUAUAUGUUUCAGUCCGAGCAACAAAUGCAAGCAUUGCAUUUAGCUUGCUUGUCGUCCCACGCCAAGCAGGGGCAUAUUGAAACUUUGGCAAAGUAUAUAUCUUGUCAUCUUAUCUUCAUCCUUAUCAGACAUCGUACCAUCACAGUAUAAAGGAUUCACAGUAUCUUUUUCCUUGGAACUUGACAACGUACUAUCUUCAAUUCAAUGCAUCGAUCUACCAGUUCAAGGAGUAAGUGGAUGGACGUCCUGGGCUUCGACCAGCCCGCCGAAGAGCAAGGAAAUCGAAAUUAUCGUGGAAAUUCACUUACAUACUUGUCUGAUGGGCAAGAGUCUGCUUAUGAACCUGUGCACCCUCCGCUACGUUCACCAACGUAUACGACAUAUCCUCGAUUUCCGAGGGAUGUCAUGUUCUGUCGCUUUGGAGGCGACAUCCUGCUCAGUCCCUCUUCACCUGCCCCAUCACCAAACGACAUCAAACCCCUGCCAGCACCACCACACCUGUUCUACAUAACCAUCCAAAAUGAUCUCUCUUCGCAGAUCAGCACAGGCAGGCCAGAUCUCGUUCUCCACAAAGGCCCCUCCAAAGCAUCAACCGUGAUGUCCUUUGCCAGGUUUCACUCCGUCACUCAAAUGACAGACAUCACACUCUGUCCUACACCACCCCGAUCCGCAACCGCCAACUUCUCGAGAACAAACUUCUCAUUUCCACGCUUACCUGAACCCGAAGAGAAGCAAGGGCUCCGCCCUAAAUUCAAAUUCGAGCAGCUCGGUCCCGCAAGCGGUAUUUUCAGCGCCGAGAAAUACGAGUUCUGUCACACCUUUCCGUGGAACAAUGUACGUGAGCGCUUCGAAUGGCGAUACACGUCUGGGCCAUUUGUUCGGACUAUAUAUAGGGAUAGUGGAGGUUUGAAGCUGAUUCGAGUAAGUACAGGAGAUGCCAUUGCUGUUUAUGCUGGGCUGGGACAUUCGUCCAAAGCGAGUAAUCCGAGUCGGGUGCUAGGCAUGUUCAGAUUCCUGAAGGGCGACAGUAUCGAGGGGUUAGGGGAAGAGUUUGAGGUUUUGGCGAUUAUGUCGAUUCUUUCGCUGGUGGAGAGGGGAAGGAGGGUGGCAAAGGCUCAUAAUAAGGCUUUCGGGAUAAAGUGA